AUGCAUUUUACAUCCUCCAUCCUCACCCUUGGCAGUCUUCUGUCCGCUCAUGCCCUUCCCCAUGGGCCAAGCAAACCACAUAUUUCCAACAAAGCCAUUGUCAAGAUCCAGUACAUUAGUGACAGGCAAUCCAACUACAGCUACGGAGCCCAGCCCUCCAUCGGCCCGUCUCAAGGGCUCGUACGGAUGGAUGGAGCCGUACCGUCUGUAUCCUCAAUGGCUAUUCCCUGGCCUAGCUCUCGUCCUUUGCCGAGCUAUCAUGCCUCGUCGAGCCCCCCCUCUAUGUCGAGGCCUCUUUCCUCGCCGUUGUUUAUUCCGUCGGGUGCUCCACUAUUAACCAGUGCUAUGCCCUCGCCUUGGGCUCCCGAACCCACGCCCAUCGAGCCCACCUCUCCUUCCAGCUCUGCUCCGAUUCCGACAGCCGAGCCACCCAAAGAUGAUCCCACGGAUUUUGGCAACUACGGCAAUUACGGCAACUACGGACGCUAUGAGCAGUACUCGUCGUAUGGGUCGUAUCGCAAGAGAGACGGAGAGUCCAAGCAUCGACAGUGA